AUGAUGACUAAGGAAAGCAAACCCAACAUGAUUUCCAAAUGUUCUCCUGCUGAAACUAUGACAGAUGCAAUUUCAUCCCAAAGCAGUCCCAUUCUUACACCUAAAGCCACAUCAAACCAUAAAGACAACCUCAGCUCAAGCAGCAACACAACUGGCGUUAAAACCAGUGACACAGACGCUUCAAAACCCAUUGUGGUUCCAGUAUCAGGUAGCCCUAGGGAUAUCAUCUGUGGACGUGGCCUUCAUAUCAUGAAUCGCCACGGAAACCACAAUCUUCACCUCGUCGUUGACAGGUAUCGUCAAACCUAUCUAACAGCGACUCGCAGAGACAAGGCUGCCAUCACUCAACAUAUCGUGAAACAGCUGAAAAGCACCGGAGCAAGGUUUCUUCGGCGGUUCAAUGACGGCAGCGAUGACAAAUGGGUGGAAGUCGAUGACAAGACAGCGUAUAAGAAGGUCAGCCAUGCCUUGCGUCUGAGAAAGGACGAUCAUGGUCAGAACUUUUUGCAAUCUCUUCCUGGACAGCAGGCAGGCAGUCAACAGCAUGUGCCGUUGCAUUCGAAGUCUAGCUCACAACAUAUUCCAAUAGGUCCACAGAGUACAGUGGCAACCCAAUCAGCAAUACCGCCCGGUGUUGGAACACAUAUCCCGCCAACAUUACCCUUGUCCGUCUUGCCGUUGGCGCCACCUGUAAAUCAACUUGAAGUUAUGGCGACACAGUCAGCAUUGCCGGUAGCUCUUGGAAGACAUGCUCAGCCAAUAUUAUAUCCCUCUGUCCCCAAUGGAUAUGGCAAUGUAACGAUAGAUCCUCGGCUAUUUGCGGAUGCCUUUGCAACCACACUUGCUACCAUGACACAACUGCAACGGCAGCAACGAUCACUGUUCAGUGGUAGCUCGAUUGAUGGUCAGAGGUCAGGGAGAAAUUCUGAAGAAGAAAGAAAAUGA